AUGGGUCGGGGGGAUGGGGGCCUCUGGGACCCUACAGCUGUAUCUGAGGUCUUCCCAGCAGGCAUCCCUUGCGAUGGCAGCACCGUGUGGGAGGAGACGUGUUUCCAGGGCUUGGUUCAUGGGCCACCCGCAGGGAUCUACAAAGGGCACUGCUUCCGGAUCAAUCACUUCCCAGAGGACAAUGACUAUGACCACGACAGCUCUGAGUACCUCCUCCGCAUCGUGCGUGCCUCCAGUGUCUUCCCCAUCCUCAGCACCAUCUUGUUGCUGCUCGGUGGGCUCUGCAUCGGUGCCGGGAGGUUCUAUAGCCGCAAGAACAACAUUGUCCUCAGCGCUGGCAUCCUGUUCGUGGCUGCAGGCCUCAGUAACAUCAUAGGCAUCAUCGUCUACAUUUCCAGCAACACGGGCGACCCGAGCGACAAGCGCGACGAGGACAAAAAGAACCACUAUAACUACGGCUGGUCUUUCUACUUCGGGGCCCUGUCAUUCAUCGUGGCCGAGACCGUGGGCGUCCUGGCCGUGAACAUUUACAUUGAGAAGAAUAAGGAGUUGAGAUUUAAGACCAAACGGGAGUUCCUCAAGGCUCCCUCCUCGUCCCCGUACGCCAGGAUGCCCAGCUAUAGGUACCGGCGACGGCGCUCCCGGUCCAGCUCCAGGUCCACGGAGGCCUCGCCCUCCAGGGACACGUCGCCAGUGGGCCUGAAGAUCGCCGGGGCCAUCCCCAUGGGCGAGCUGUCCAUGUACACGCUGUCCCGGGAGCCGCUCAAGGUGACCACGGCGGCCAGCUACAGCCCGGGCCCGGAGGCCGGCUUCCUGCAGGUGCACAAAUUCUUC